UUAGCAAUUAUUAUUAUUAUUCCACGAGUUAUUAAAGCUUGCAAUUGAUAGUUUGUGCGUAAUGUGUAACUCCAAAUUGUAGACAAUCCUAUAGUUUACAAACAAUUUACACCACAACAGCAACUAUACAACGCGUGGUGGUUUUGUUUGUCGCGCGUUGAUGACGUACACGGAAGUGCUCUUGGUGCCAAUGGACAGUAGUCUCUGCACUGCUCGUCGGCGCGGUUUGAUUUUUGACAAGAUGCUUAUUUCCCCAACCAAUUGACUGCUUUUACCCUGAACUGUAGCGUUUUCGACGAUGAAAAGUGCACACGUGGGUCUGUGGCUACAUGUUUUAUCAACCGCCGCUGUGCUUGUUAGCGCAUUUGAUCCGUUCACGACGACAGUGGUGGUAGGUGUGGGCGCCGCUCUGAGUAGAAGCAUUUACAAUUACUUACACGAAAACUGCGAUCCCAGAUGGAUCGUCUUCAACGCCACUGGUCUGGAGGCCAGCCUGCAAACCAAACUGUUUGGGCAGCACAUCGCGUCGCACAUCAUCCUGAAGGCAGUGAGUGGCUUCGUGAGCAACGACAACCCCAAGAAGCCGCUGGUGCUCUCCCUGCACGGCUGGACCGGCACGGGCAAGAACUAUGUCAGCUCGCUCAUCGCAGAGAGCAUCUACAAGGAGGGAAUGGACAGCAAGUUUGUGCACGUCUUCACGUCUGAGCUGCACUUUCCUCACACCUCUCAGAUGGACACCUACAAGACUCAGCUGCAGCAGUGGAUCAAAGGCAACGUCAGCAGCUGCGCUCAGUCCAUGUUCAUCUUUGACGAGAUGGAUAAGAUGCACCCAGGGCUGAUCGACAGCAUCAAGCCGUACCUGGACUACUACGACAAGGUGGACGGCGUCUCCUACCGCAGAGCCAUCUUCAUCUUUCUCAGCAACGCUGGAGGCGAGAACAUCAUACAGACCACUUUGGAUUUCUGGAACGCGGGUCGGAAUCGAGAGGAGAUGGAGCUGAAGGACCUGGAGACAUCGCUCUCUCUGUCUGUGUUCAACAACAAAAGAAGCGGUCUGUGGCACACGAGCCUCAUCGACAAAAACCUGGUGGACUUCUUCGUACCCUUCCUGCCGCUGGAGUACAGACACGUGCUGCAGUGCGCCGAGGCCGCCAUGGAGGCGAGAGGCCUCAAGCCCGACCACGCCGUGGCAGACAAGGUGGCAAGGGAUUUGGUCUACUUCCCCAAAUCUGAGCGCGUCUUCUCUGUAAAGGGCUGCAAGACCAUCGACAGCAAACUGGACUUCUACACAUAGCGGGCGCCACGUUUGCAUCGCUCGUCAAACGACUGCCAAAGUCAAGUGGGAACUGUCUGAACUCAGGACGAUGUCAGCAGUGUCACCAACACUGAAUGAAGGACACAGAUGUCCUCCAAGAACAUUGAGCCUUUUUUCUAGUUUUAAAGAGAGUCUUUUAAAAGGUUUAAUUUUUGUUCCUUUUCAGAUACACGUAGCUUCAUUCUUUUAUUUCUGCUUAUUUGUAUGUCCACUGUCUAUCUGCAGCAACUAAUCAGUGAUGGUUGACGUAGUCGGAGCACUUCACAAAGUCCGGAUACUGCCAAUGAGUUCAUUUAACAGGAGAUGAAAACUUUACUACUUUCCAAAACCUCUAUUGUCACAUCAUCAUCAUCAUCAUCAUCUUGCAGCCCUCCAAACUGUAGAAGCACAUCAUCACAUCUUUCACCUGCUCCAGAAGAUGAACUGGCGAGCAUGGUGAAAAUAAAAACAUGAGCUUUUCUUCUUUUAACAAGGUACUCACGUGUUUACUUCAACAUCAACUUUAUUCACAUCACAAGGCUUCCUCUCUGUGUCCAUCGUUGCCACAAGUUCUCAUGUCUCGCUUCAUCGGGCAGUAUUUUCUUCCUUUUGGUUUUUUAUUAAAAAUAGAUUUUUCAAAGAGUCUUAAACAAGCAGGACUGCGUUAAUGCAGCCGUCGUUCUCGGGGUUAUUC